AUGUUUGAGCCGAAAACUGUUCAUGAAAUGGUCACGCCGGUAUUAAUGGCGAACGCCAUCGUCGGCAUGGGAAUUUGGUCCUCCAAUCGAGGCAAAUUUCUAAACAUUGCAUAUUCGUUGAUUUGUCUAGUGAUGUAUUGUGUCGUGAUGAAGUUGUCGAUAGAGUACCUGGGAAAUCAUUAUUUGCCCAAAGUGACUUCACUCGGGAAUUAUACAUUUUAUGGGAUCUUCUACGCCAACAUUUGUCUGACAGUCUGCCUCAUUCCUUGCGGCUGGUUGAGGAAAAAGUAUAUGAAGGCAGCAAUAAUGCGCAUAGCAAUGUGCGAGAAAUCUUUGGAACAAAUGGGAUUGGAAAAGAACUAUCGGAAAUUGUAUCGGAAUCAACUUAUUGCUCUCAUAUUCGUCGCAGUGAUAUUCAUCGUAUUUAUAGUGGUCAAUUAUGAUGGGAUGUUCGUGGAGGGUACACCUUUGCAUGUCAAAAUUAUCAUUACGUUUGCCUUUAAUUAUCCCGUCGGUUUGCUCUACGUGAGUGACGUAUCAUUCUUACACUGGGUCAGCUACGCAAAGAUUCGAUUCACUCAACUGAACAAUCUGCUGAGACUCAUGUUAACGACUACGCCAGAUUCGCCGCAGCACAAAAGGGUACUAAAAAUGAAGGACGAAUGGGACAAGUCCUUUGUCGCAUCUACGCAGGAGGAUUCUAAAUCUAAGAAUAAUACCGACACGAUGAGGGCUGUUAAGCAAGUUCAUUUAGAAUUAAUCAAGUCUACCAGGUGUACGAAUGAUGCGUUUGGCAUACAGAUCCUCUUUUCUAUGACGGUGUCGUUCGUAUUCAUCACUAGUCUCCUAUAUUACGCUUACAAGAUUUUCUGGCAAGACAUCGUUUCUAGGGAGAAAUCCCAGAAGGAAAUAAUACCGGUCAUUAGCUGGAUUCUGUUCUACUCAUCGAAAGUCCUCAUCAUAAAUCAUAUGUGCGCAAUGGCGAGCAUACGAGAUUUCACUCUACAAUUGAUACAGAAUCCGUUGACAUUCACGGCGUGUGGCUUCUUCAAUCUGGAUCAUACGUUCAUUCAUGGGGUCAUUGGCUCGGUUACCACAUACCUCGUGAUUCUCAUCCAAGUUGGAGAUUUACCUACAGGAAAUGAUAAACCACCGAAUACUACCAUACAACCAUAUACAUUCGACGAGUCGAAUAUUACUAUGACCGAUGCAUUUACAACCAUUACUUCUCCGUAA